AUGAAUACGGGUCGAUUAGAUGAGCUUAGUAGACGUCAGAUCUGCUUCAAUUGUGAGCGAUCUAAGUGGAAGAACCCUGAAAUCCAAGUAUGUCAAAAUUGCUACACCAGUUGUACCAGACAGAAAUGCUUACACUGUAAAGAGGAGUUUAGCAGUCAUAAAUACUGCCAGAAAGCACAGAAGAAUUAUAACAAAAUUGUUUGCAUGAAAUGUGCCAAUUCACUUGCUACUUCUGGCAGUGAACCAAGGUUGUGCAGAUUCUGCGCUUGUUGGUCCGCUUGGAAUGGGAGACAGGAGUGUCAAAGAUGUGAGAAGUCACUCAAUAAAUUUGGAGCUCCAAAGAAUUGUGAGAGAUGUGGUAAAAAUUCAGCUUUUGACCGUGGUGCUGAAAGUAGAUCAAAAGUUGGUGACCUAUUUCUGUGUUAUUUGUGUACAUUUGAGUACAAGAAGAACGAGUACUACAAAAAUAAAUUGCUUGGCAACAGUGGUUCAACAAUAACCAAUACCGUUUCUGAUGAUAAACCAGACGCCACUACUGUGGAUUCAGAUAGGUAUAACAAUCUGAAGGAGCAGCUUAAAAGUAAGGAUAGGGAAAUAGAAACAUUGCGCAAUGAAAUAGCAACAGUAGAACUUAGGUACAAGAGUGAUACAGACAAUUUGAAGAGGCAAAUAUCAUCAACUAGUGAUCAACUUAGGCAAGUAGUAAACGAAUUCAACAACUACAAACAGAUACAAUCGGCGGAGCAUAUGAAGUUGGUUAAGGAAAAACAGGAUUAUAUUGACGAUCUGAAUAUCGCAUUUGCUGAGUUACGACAAAAGCACGAGGCGCUGCUGUUGGCAAAUGCCCAGUUGGCUAAAACAAUAGAGACUUUCCAAGAAUCUCCGCGUAAAGUAGCCAAAAAAUAA